GCGUGCGCAUUUGAGUGACAGCCGAGUGCGCGCUUGCGCACUCGGGUCUGCCCGUCCGGCCCGUUGCGCGGGACGGCGAUGGGAUUCCGUAACGUCUCUACAACAAUGCCUGGGUCUCUUCCUGUGAAUGCUGAAGCCUGUUGGCCAAAAGAUGUGGGAAUUGUUGCCCUGGAGAUUUAUUUUCCUUCUCAGUAUGUUGACCAGACAGAAUUGGAAGCAUUUGAUGGUGUGGAUGCUGGGAAGUACACCAUUGGCUUGGGUCAAUCGAAGAUGGGAUUCUGCUCAGAUAGAGAAGAUAUCAACUCGCUCUGCUUGACUGUGGUACAGAGGCUUAUGGAGAGGAACAGUCUCUCCUAUGAUUGCAUUGGGAGAUUAGAAGUUGGAACAGAGACAAUCAUUGACAAGUCAAAAUCUGUGAAGACUGUCCUGAUGCAGCUCUUUGAAGAUUCUGGUAAUACAGAUGUCGAAGGGAUUGACACAACAAAUGCAUGCUAUGGAGGCACUGCUGCUGUCUUUAAUGCUGUUAACUGGGUUGAGUCCAGUUCUUGGGAUGGUCGUUAUGCUCUUGUUGUUGCUGGAGACAUAGCUGUGUAUGCCACUGGAAAUGCCAGGCCAACCGGUGGAGCUGGUGCUGUUGCUAUGUUAAUUGGUCCAAAUGCUCCUUUAAUUUUUGAGCGAGGACUGCGUGGGACCCACAUGCAGCAUGCAUAUGAUUUUUAUAAGCCAGAUAUGGAGUCUGAAUAUCCUGUAGUUGAUGGUAAACUAUCUAUUCAGUGCUACCUCAGUGCAUUAGAUCGCUGCUAUUUUGUCUACCGCAACAAAAUCCGUGCUCAGUGGCAAAAAGAAGGAAGUGACAGAGACUUUACUUUGAAUGACUUUGGCUUCAUGAUCUUCCAUUCUCCAUACUGUAAACUUGUACAGAAAUCUGUGGCUCGACUGUUGUUGAAUGACUUUCUUAGUGACCAGAACUCUAAAACAGAAAAUGGUAUCUAUAGUGGUUUGGAAGCUUUCAGGGAUGUAAAACUGGAGGAUACCUAUUUUGACAGAGAUGUGGAGAAGGCCUUUCUGAAAGCUAGUGCUGAACUCUUUAAUCAGAAAACCAAAGCUUCUUUACUUCUAUCCAAUCAAAAUGGAAACAUGUACACCCCUUCAGUCUAUGGCUGCCUUGCUUCUCUUCUAGCACAGUACUCCCCACUGCAGCUAGCAGGACAAAGAAUUGGUGUGUUCUCCUAUGGCUCUGGUUUUGCUGCUACACUCUACUCCAUUAGAGUUACGCAGGAUGCCACACCUGGUUCUUCUCUGGAUAAAAUAACUGCUAACCUAUCUGAUCUGAAAACAAGACUUGACUCAAGGAAGUGUAUUGCACCAGAUGUCUUCGCUGAAAACAUGAAGAUUAGACAGGAAACGCAUCACUUGGCCAACUACAUUCCACAGUGUUCAGUGGAUGAUCUCUUUGAGGGAACGUGGUACCUAGUGCGAGUGGAUGAAAAACACAGAAGAACUUAUGCUCGACGUCCAGUGCUGGGUGAUGGGCUUUUGGAAGCAGGAGCUGAGGUUGUUCAUCCAAGCAUAGUUCAUGAGCUUAUCCCGAGCCCUGCUAAGAAAGUGCCAAGAAUCCCUGCAACCACAGAAUCUGAAGCUGUUGCUGUCUCUGUUUCUAAUGGAGAGCAUUAAUAUACCUCUGUGAGGUGUGAAAUGGGCAUGUGGUGGGAAAGGAAAAGGGAUUAAAUAUUAUCUAAAUUUCACUGUACAGAAAUAUUUUAAUUGGAGCAUGGAAAACUGUUUAAACUCCUUGACAGGCUUUGUUUAAUGUGGUUUCAUAACACUAAAGCAUGAAUGUAUUGGAAAAGAAAAAGGCAAAGGUUCUGAGGGCUUUCAUAACUCUGGAUGUUGGUGUGGUUUUAUAAAAAUUCAGGAAUGGGUGUACCAAGAUCUUGUAAUUGGUAAGUGGACACAGAAAAACUGGAAUUUUGCUUGACUUCCCAAUUUAAGUGAAACCUUCUGAAAUAGGUUUAAAUGUGCAUGCACAAACUCACCCUGGGAAUAAAAUUUUCUAAAUGGAGGGGGGGGGAAAUGAAUGGGUUCCCUCCUCUCUCCAAAAACUGACCAAAAGCCAUUCUCUCUCUCUCUCUUUUUCAGAAGUCACUUUGGUUUUUAAUGUUGGGGUCCUCACUGCAUUGACAAUAAGCAGUCAGUUUUCUAAAUACAAUAUACCCAUUUCUUCCCCGGCUAAAAAAAUUAAGAUAGGAAUAGGUAUUAAGUGGAUCAAAAAUCUGUGACCACCGUAUAGAUUUGGUCUCCAUCUAACUUCCAGUGCCCGUAUCACAUCACUUUUAGCCACAUCCUUAAAGCCCACCACUGCAACAUGAGCAGAGGCCACGGACUGAAUGAAGUUGGAGUCUUUUGUUGUCCCUCCACUGAGCAGUUCUUGGGAGGGCAGUGGGAAGAAAGCUGCAUCUGUCAAAGGGUUUAAUUCCUUAAUUAUUUCAAUCUGGCACCUUUUUAAAAGCAUUUAGGUUUAAUACUCUUUUUUUGUCAGAAUGAUCAGAGUGCAGACUUCUAGUCCUCAAUUUCCAAAUACUAUGGGGAGUUCAUUCAAACUGACAAACCACAGAGGGAAAAGAUGUGACAGCUCCUCCUUGACUCCUGGCUCUUCUACUGUAUUUUUCUUAAUGACAGUUUUUAACUCUGAACUCAUGAUUGAUUUCAUAUUUCACACUCCCCUUGUAUUUCUGUAACAAGACUGUUGCAAAAAAACACACAAACCUUUUUCCAUGUUUCUAGUCUGAAAGCUGUUCAUCAUGCAAGGAGCAAAUGCCCAAAACUAGUGGGGAGACCAUUCUGAGCUGUCAAGAGCCUUGCUAGUUUGUAAAAUAUAUUUAAAUUGUUCUAAUGUACAGGACUCAAUCUCUUGUUUAGUUUUAUUUCAUUGUCUACUUCAAAACUUAAUUGUCUAAUAUAAACUUGCAGAAAUGACAUGUUGUGAAAUGCAGGUUCUUGUGUAAAGUCGUGUUUGUAUAAUACACCGUACGUCACUCAUGAGGAUUUGAUAACUUUUUUUGUUGGACUUGUACAGUCAACUUUCUAAAAUUUCAUUUAAUAUGAACUGAUGUGGACUAAUGGUCUAAGUGCUUUUACGGAAAGUGAUGGAGAAAUGAUGCAUGAAGAUACUUUUCCAAGUGUUUGGGUUUUUAGUUUCAUAAGAGCAACUCUUAUUUGCUGCCAGAAGACAAAUUUAUCACAGAAUAAAGUCUAUUGCUGGCAAUGGACAGGCAAAGAACUACUGGGACAAAAAAAUUAACUUGCCAUCCUCACUAACACUGAAGCAGCUGCUUUUGUAAAUAAAGUUUUAGAGAUACUCAAAACGGUGUUUGGUGCAAUGCUGAACUGAUGUGGAAUACAUGUCUUAAAUGGAUUAGGAAGAAUCUAAUGACCCAGCAAACACUGGAGAGUGCACAGGUUACUGAUCAGGGAACCCAACCUAUGCAGGUUUUCUAGUAUAAAUGCUUCACUUUUCCGUUUUAUAGUGGAAUAAUAAGAGGAAAAUGAAUCAGACUGUCUAGUUGACAUGCUAACCAUUUAGAAUCAUGUUUUAGGACUGUAUCUUUGACUGUUCUGUACUGCUUGUUCUUUAAACCCAAACCACUUCUAACACAGCUGUAGUCUGCAACAAUUUUUCUCCCAUCCCCUUUCCUUCAGUGUUUUGAAAAAGACUUAAUUUUUCUUGACUGCCCACUUGCUCUGCACUCAUCUAUGACUAUGAUGACUGCAGUUUCCUAUUACUUUUU